CGUCAUCGCAAUUUCAACUGCCAAAACGUGACGGAAUACACAAACAAAGCCUGCCAAUAUGUUAUUUACUGACUUGCUUUUAAAUUGAAAAGAAACGCUCACUUGACGUGUAAUUUGGGUCAUGUUUAAAUAAUCUGACUUGCAACAGUGCACGAUCACAAUCCUUUUAAAUGAUCGUCAUGCUCUAGAAAUUCGAUCAUUGUCAUUUUUUCACGUUCGCAGUAUUUCUCAUCCUCUACGAGAGAGAUUUUCCUUUUACAUUAACCAACAAUUUUGUUUUUCACAGCUACACUGAGCUGUUUUAUUUCAACAUGAAUAGCUCUUUUAACGAAUCUGAACUGGCCAAUAACAUCGCAAACGAAGAGAGAGAAAUCCUGAGAAAUCGUUUUCUCGUCAUCUGCCUCCUCUCCGCCAUUUACCUUUGUGUUCUAUCAGUUUUAACGACUGUUUCAAAUGGUGUUCUACUCGUAGUACUGUACCAAGAUCCGUUCAAGAGCUUUCGACAUCCUCCCAGCAUCUUCAUUAUUGGGUUAACAGUGGCAGAUUUCCUCACUGGUAUUGCAGUGGACCCGUUGUUCGCUUACUUCUACUUCGAGCUGUACAAGGACACCAUCAGCAGCGAACGAUACAACUUCACUUUAAAAGCAGCCGGUGUUCUUUCCAGUAUAACAAUGAACGUGUCUUUUCUGACAAUUUUGUUUUUGUCGUGGACCCAGUUCGUUGCUAUAACCUUCCCGCAUCGCCACAAACAAUUUGUCACAACUGGUCGCGUGGUCGCUUGUAUGUGCGGGAUAUGGACUUAUUCGCUGCUGUUUUCGAGCACGCCUCUGAUGGGCGUGCCCGAGAAAAUUUUCCAAAAGCUGGACGUAUUUUUUAAUCUUUCCCUGAUCAACGUCCUCGUUCUGGUCUCCUACAUCGCCUUGCACAUUUCAUACCAACGCCAGAUUGCUCGUUGGGUUCCUGCACAAAAUAACGCAAUACGCAUCGCUGAUACUUCGGAACAUCGCCGGAAGAAAGACCAAAAACAUUUUGUGGUUGUUAGCUUGCUUUUGGCGACUUGUCUACUGGUUUUCAUUGCACCCGUAACGGUAAUGUGGUAUUUGACACUAUAUUGGACGCCAAAAACAAACGAAGAACAAGUGAAAGCUACGAUGGCAAAUAUCGUUGUGGAUGCGACCCUAUUUAUGAAGUUCUUAAUCGACCCGUUUAUCUACGCUUGGAGACUUCCCAAGUUCAGACAUGCGGUGAGCGCGAUUUUCACUCGAAGGCGCCGAUCAUUCUCGGUGGGAGUGCUAACUUUGUAUAAUUUAAACAUUCAUGCCUCUACAAGUAGAGUUAACUGAAGCCAAAAAGGAGUGCUUACUUCUACAAAGGAUCGCGACAGAAUCGCAACAGGAUCUAACGAAAGACCUAGCAAAAAUAACGAACACAUAAUGUUACUCUAAACGAAGGAAGAAACUUCAACUGAGUUUAACCAAGAGAAGUGUAAAUUUGGCCAAACUUUAUUUUGCCUUAUUUCGUUGUGAUUAAGUCAUUCUACAUAUACAUCGCAGUUUAAUAAUUCAAAUUCAGCUCAGAAUUAUCGAUAAAAUAAUUUAACUUCCAUCAUAAGACAAGAACGUGACCUUAGUUACUACAUAACAAUGAUGCAUGAAAUUAAAACGCUACUUUGCACGUUUGAGCGCGAUUCAGCCAAAUGUGUAUUUACAUUCAAUUUGGCGAGGCAACUGCAACUCAAUUACAAAAUUUGUUUGAUUCAGAACCCGUUCUGAUCGAAUUCGGAAUUUGAAUUUGAUUCUGAGUAUUCGGGAGGUUAUUGAGAUCGAGUAAAGUACAUGUAAGUCAAUCGAUGUCCCACUAAUUAUUUAAAAUCCUGCGGGCAAGCUCUCGCAUUCAUAAAAGUAUUUCAAAUUGCUGUUUGCCUGACAACAUUUGCUUUCAGUGCAUAUGUCAAGGGUUAAUUUUGCUGUUACAAUUUCACCUGCAGAACAAGCACGUUUUACUGAGAAGUUUGAACAAGUGAACAAUAAAAAUAAUCGGUAAGAAAUAACAUAUUUUUCAGUUACUCGUGCUUUGGCAAAAACUGCCGAGAGACGAAAGAUCAUUGAUAUUUCGAAUAAAAUUUGUAAGAGGUAAAAGAACUUCCCUUUCAUGUCCAAGCUAAA